GUUCGAUAGAAAUUUUCCGAUGUUUUGUCAGCUCUAUCUACCCAGCAACGACAAAGUAGGAAAUAAUUUCCACACCUGAUAAAAAUUGUAUUUUGCAUCUUUAAUCGAGACCAGGGCAGCUUUUUAUCCGCGUCUUCGCAGUUUUUAUACCAUCCCAACCGCAGCGACCUUGCCCAGUGCGUGUGCCUUCGAUACAGUGCUUAAAAUUACGUAGGGGCCAGGAGCGACGGAAAAGAAGGAAAAUAUCUAAAAAUAUUUUUAAUCGCCGUGAAAGUAGCCAGCAGCAGAUUUAUUUUCGCGAAAAUAGCGCUUGGAGUAACUAAUUGACUGCGAAAAUGGUUCUCAAAGUUUAUGUCAGCGGCAUGUCCGGCAACAAGGAGGUGAAGAAGCGACAGCAGCGCGUGCUGAUGAUCCUGGACAGCAAGAACAUCCAGUAUGACACCGUCGACAUCACGGAGCCCGGCAAGGAGUCCGAAAAGGAGCUGAUGCAAAACAAAUCUACUAGCAACGGUGGCACCGUGAGCGAUCCGGAUCCCCGCCAUCCCCUGCCCCCGCAGCUAUUCAAUGAUGACGAGUAUUGCGGCGACUACGACGCCUUCGACAUGGCCAACGAGAUCGACACCCUGGAGGUGUUCCUCAAGCUGGCACCCGCCGAUACCACGGCGGUCAGUACUGCCCAGAUUGAACUGAAGCAGGAAAAUGGCGAGGCCAAAAAGGAGGAGGCGGAAGCGGAGAAGGAGAAGGCUGCGGAAGGUGGCGAGGGCGAUGAGGCGACGGAGAAGGCCGAGGGAGAAGAUGGCGAGGACAAGGACAAAAAGGAGGGCGAUGAGGAAGACGCCGACAAAGAAAAAGAAGAAAAUUCAGAGGAAAAGACUGAAACCGCUGCAGAGGAAGAAACCGAGGAUAAGGAAAAGAAAGAAGAGGCGACAGAAAAAUCCGAAGAUGAAACCAAAGAAAAAUCUGAAGAAGAAGAAUCUACAAAAGAAACUGAAGAUAAAGACAAAGAAACGGAAGAAAAAUCUGAAGCUGAGACCAAAGAAAGCGCAAACGAAGCCGAAAAGCAGACUGAGGAUAAGGACGCCGAAGAAGAGUCUAGUGGCGAUGAGGAAGAAAAGGAUGAAGAAGCAAAGGAAGCAGAAAAGGAGGAGAAAGGUGCGGACAAGGAAGUCAAGGAGGAAAAAGACUCUAGUAACGAUAAAGAAGAAGGGGAUGAAGAAGCUACGAAAGCAGAGGAGGUGGAGACAGAUGCUGAAAAGAAAAAUACGGAAGCUGACAAAGAGGACGACACACAGGUGGAAAAAGAAGCAUCAGAAGAAACCACGAAAGCUAUAGAGGAAUUAGAAAGUGCCGAAGCCGACGAGAAAAAGGAAGAAGAAACAGAGGAAAGGGCGGAUAAAACUGACGAGGUAGAGCAGACACAGAAGCCUGACGAAGAAGCGCAAGAAGAUGAAACGGAUAAAAAGGAAGAGAGUAAUAAGCCGGAGGCCGAUGAAGGAAAUGAAACUAAAGAUGAAGAAGAAGAUGAGCAUGUAGAAGAAAACAAACAGGUGGAAAUAACUACCGAGGAGGAGAAAUCAGAGAAACCUGAAACACAAGAGGAAGAAACGGUAGACAAGGCAGAGAGUAGUAAACCAGAAGACGACAAAAAUAACGCCUCAUCGGAAGAAAGCGAGGAGGAAGAGGAAUAACCUGAAUGAAGAAGAAAAACAACGGCUAUCAAAGAUACACACAUACACUGACAUCCUCAUCUCAAUCACAUACAUACAUAUUUAAAACUGAACCUUUAGCCAAAUAAUACCGAAAUGUUCUGUAAAUAGAAACAAAUGAAACCCACUAAUAACAAAUUUGGUGACGGGAAAACGUAUCCCAGGAGUGUAAGUCUUAAUCUUUCAUUAUUUAAUUUCUUUCUCUGCAUAAUUUCUCCGCAACAAC